CUUCAUUCGCAUUAAACGUCUGGAUCCUCAUCCAUUAUCUAUUUCCUGUCAUCAAAAAUGGAUCAGAACGUAGAAGAAGUAGGACUUGAAGAGCGCUUGAAAUCGGCACUGUGGUUCUCUAUCGGGAAGAUUGUCGAUGAGGAAACCAUCAAGCUGGGCGUCAACGCGACGCCUCAAUUCAUUGGUGCUCUCACCGAGAUGGUCUGGGCUCAAAUAGAAACUGUGAGCCAGGAUCUGGAAUCGUUCGCCAAACAUGCCGGCCGCUCCACCAUCAACGUUUCCGAUGUGAUGCUGCUUGCCCGCCGCAACGAGGGCCUGGAAUCAAUUAUGCGCGCCUUCGUAGACCAGCUGCGCGAAGAAGAAGAAGAACAAGAUGAAGAUUCGUCAUGAAAUAUCUAAUGACUUGUUUCGACCAUUAUGCCUCCAUACAGGGCCCUCUAUCUCAUUGGCGGCUCCUUUCACUUUCAUUGAAGGGGUCUAAGUCCUAGGAGAGGAUUGAGGAUGCCCCGCUUUUUCACAUACCCCCGAUCUAUCGACACAGCAUCGCGUCUGGACCAGAUGUCUUUUGUCGCUCCACAUAUCCCAGGAAGGUAGUUGAGACCAGCCAAGCUUCCACGGACUCUUCACCCGUCCGGCUAUUUGACGCCAGUUUCACACCCCACUCCACCGGAGUAGAAACCUAGGCCGUGAGGUCUGACAUGCCCCCGGGAACUAUGACACUAUCAACACCUCUUCAUCCAACUUGGAUGUUUCCAUUGCCCUAUCUAUGGACCUAACGAAUCAUGUUUGCAAUUGCCUAAUCCAAUGUACUCCAUAAAUGGGACAUAAAUUACGUUGUUAC